CUCAAGCGUUGAUAACGGACAACAAGUCUUAGUGAAGAAGGUAAAAGCUAGAGUCAAUAACUACACAGCAACCUAUGUGGAUAAAACGCUCAUGGCGAAAUAUUUAAAAUAAUUGAAUUGUUUAAAGUUGUUUGAACUUUGCUUGUUGAGACAGGGCAAUAGAAAAAACAAGGACAUAUUAUGACGUUACACGGACAUGACAUAAAAUAUGUUUUAGUGUGUGCUAACGUGUAGGCAUGGAAUGAUCGAGAAACAAAAAGAAGAAGAUGAGAAGUUCAUUUGGGUGUGUUUGUGGCUUAGCGCCUUAACGAUCCUGUAUAAUUGACUUAGCCCAACCGGCAGGUGUAGCAGGAUCCCACUUUGCUCUCCGCUGACCAUGAAUAUCACUUUCAUCUUGACUUGUCUCCUCUGAGUCACUCACACAGAGUUGCUUUUCAAGGGGUCAAGCGAAAAGCCUGCUUUACAGAGAAACGGACCCAGCCUCCCAUCUUCUGGAUAUCGUACAUUGUCAAGACGUACAAAAAAAACACACACAUCACAGUCCGUGUUGAUAUACAUUUGCCUUUUAAAAGACACAACGGGGCUAUUUCUUUCACCUGAAAACAUAACAUGGGGAACGCCAAGAGCAGCGCCGUCUCCAAGGAGAUCCUGGAAGACCUGAAGCUCAGCACCAAGUUCACUGAGACGGAGAUCACCCAGUGGUACGAGAGCUUCCAGAAGUCGUGUCCCUCUGGACGUAUCACGCCCAAGGAGUUCGAGGUCAUCUACAGCCGCUUCUUCCCCGAGAGCAACGCCCAGACGUACGCGCAGCACGUCUUCCGUUCCUUCGACACCAACGACGACGGCACUCUGGACUUCAAGGAGUACAUAAUUGCGCUGCACCUGACGUCCACGGGCAAGACCACCAGAAAGCUGGAGUGGGCCUUCUCCCUGUUCGACGUGGACAAGAACGGAUACAUCACCAAGUCGGAAGUGACCGAGAUCUGCAGCGCUAUUUUCAAGCUAAUUCCCAAGGAUGAACAAGCUGAGCUGCCCAAUGACGAGAACACACCGGAGAAGAGGGCCAACAAACUCUGGACAUUCUUUGAGAAAGAAGACAAUGAGCGAGUUGCAGAAGGAGAGUUCAUCAAGGGUGUGAUGGACAAUGAGGAUGCGCUUCGCCUCAUUCAAUAUGAACCUGCCAACAAGUAACCCUCUGCUAAUAAAGUCCUAUGGUCAUAGGACAUGACCGUAAGAGUUGACCAUAGGAGUUGACAAGACAGCACAAACAGAUCUGGGAUCAGGCUCCUACAUUCCACAUUCCCCACCCCUAUCCUCAACUUACCCAUCAUAAUGCAGAAAGUAUUUUGUUUUAAUCCCAGUCUAACUUCAAUGUUUAUCGGACUUCGGUUCAAAUAGUAUGUUUUCCUCCAAAUACUUUAGCUGCGCGUGAUUCUAAAAACAUACAAUGAACCCGCAACCCUGGCGUUGCAAGCACUAUGCUCUACCAACUGAGCUACACGGUACAUUACUUUUUACUACAUACUGUAUACUGGUAUUGUUCUUACAAUAUACUGUAUGCUGGUACUGUUUUUACUGUAUACUGGUACUGUUUUUACGAUAUACUGUAUACUGGUACUGUUUUUACUAUAUACUGGUAUUGUUUUUACUAUAUACUGGUAUUGUUUUUACUAUAUACUGUAUAUUUUUGGGACUUGAUGUUUAGCUUUGGAAUGUUUUGAGAAAGGGUAAAGAGUAUUAAGAGGGGUUUAGAAAAUGAAAGCAAGCAAUGAGUAAUCUGUUGAUAAUACUUCAUACCAGACGUGCUACUCAUUAGCUAAUAAUUUGUUAAAUAUUUUGAUAUGUGUACCAAUAAAGCAAUAAUAGCAAAGGUAGUGCAAACUUAGGAUAAUGUUUUAGGACCUUUUAGAGAUUGUGUUUAAAAUGUAACUUGGUCCCUGUUGACAGAAAGACCUUGAUCUUGAUACCGACAGACACAAUCUAAUAUAAAGGUCAAGGGCUAAAUACUGUAGACUCACACAAUGCCAACUAUGAUACAAUUCUUUAUGGCAUUUACCUCAUGAAAUCUCCUCUUUUCGAAGUAAACUUUUUAAAAUACUUCACUCAGAGUUUGCCCCUGUUAUUGAAGGUUAAGGAUUGUGAGUUUCAAUUUGUUUCUUUGUCUUAAUAUUAUCCUCUGAAAAUGAUAGACACAAACGUUAUCAAAGUGCUAAUGCUUGCACUGAAAUUAUUGCUGAACUAUCAAUCAAUCAAUCAUAAAGCCCUUCUUACAUCAGCUGAUGUUACAAAGUGCUGUACAGAAACCCAGCCUAAAACCCCAAACAUCAAGCAUUGCAGAUGUAGAAGCACGGUGGCUAGGAAAAACUCCCUAGAAUGGCCAUAACCUAGGAAGAAACCUAGAGAGGAACCAGGCUAUGAGGGGUGGCCAGUCCUCUUCUGGCUGUGCCGGGUGGAGACAGGUCUGGGACAUGUAGCACGUCCGGUGAACAGGUAAGGGUUCCAUAGCCGCAGGCAGAACAGUUGAGACUGGAGCAACAGCACGACCAGGUGGACUGGGGACAGCAAGGAGUCAUCAGGCCAGGUAGUCCUGAGGCAUGGUCCUAGGGCCCAGAUACUCUGAGAGAAAGAAAGAGAAAGAAAGAGGGAGACAAUUAGAGAGAGCAUACCUAAAUUCACACAGGACACAGGAUAAGACAGGAAAAAUACUCCAGAUAUAACAGACUGACACCCCCGACACAUAAACUAUUGCAGCUUAAAUACUGGAGGCUGACAUAGGAGGAGUCGGGAGACACUGUGACCCUGUCUGAUGAUAGCCCCAGACAGGGCCAAACAGGCAGGAUAUAACCCCCCCAUACACACACACACACUUUGCCAAAGCACAGCCCCCACACCACCAGAGGGAUACUUCAACCACCAACUUACCAUCCUGAGACAAGGCUGAGUAUAGCCCACGAAGAUCUCCCCCACGGCACAAACCCAAGGGGGGGGCGCCAACCCGGACAGGAAGAUCACUAGUGUUUACUCUGUCUUUUGAGAACGGUUCUAGCAGCAUUUGAAGUCUCACUCAUUUAAUACACAUACCUUUUAUUUUGAUAAGAUACUGACUUUAUGAAAGAGUUGUCAUAAACUUUAGAUUCCAUUACCUUCAAGUUUCAUUAGAUAAAAAUUGCCCUUUUAAUAGUUCUUAGAAAGAUAGGUUGUGUAGCAAGACAACAUCAAAUCUGUCUAUCAGAUGAUUGUGUUCUUUGUUUUUGAUUAUUUGUGUGAUUUGUGCUUCCCCCCUCUGUUUUUGUACACAAUUUGUUUUGCUGUUUUGAUUCAAAAAGUAGUAUUGUGAAAUAAAGCAUUCCACUUCAAGAAAAUGUUGUUGUUUUUUAUGUUUGAUACAUUAUUCAUAGAAAUGUCUAUUUUCUGGUUGGAAAUGUCAACAUUACAUUUAAAAUCAAUCCAUACAAAAUGUAAACUCUUGCCAAAGACAUUCCACACAGUAUUGUCACGAUCUUAUAGGCUACCAUUUUGUUUUAAUUUAAAUGCUCUAUCAUUUACCACAUACAUCUGAAUAAUCCUACAUGCUUGAAGAGAUGGCUGUCACAUUCAUCAAUCCAUCCUUCCUUAGUUCCAACCGCUCUUUCUUUCUUUCUUUCUUUCUUUCUUUCUUUCUUUCUUUCUUUCUUUCUCACAAUUCAAUUCAAGGGCUUUAUUGUCAUGGGAAACAUAUGUUAACAUUACCAAAGCAAGUGAAGUAGAUAAUAAACAAAAGUUCAAAUGUCAUAUGUCUACAGUGUUGUAACGAUGUGCAAAUAGUUAAAGUACAAAAGGGAAAAUAAAGCCUGUCUUCUCUUGAGAGCCAGGUCUGCCUACGGUGGCCUUUCUCAAUAGCAAGGCUAUGCUCAUUGAGUCUGUACAUAGUCAAAGUUUUCCUUAAGUUGGGAAACAUAUGUUAACAUUACCAAAGCAAGUGAAGUAGAUAAUAAACAAAAGUUCAAAUGUCAUAUGUCUACAGUGUUGUAACGAUGUGCAAAUAGUUAAAGUACAAAAGGGAAAAUAAAGCCUGUCUUCU